GGGAUGUGGUAAUAAUGGGAAUUACGAUUCGGUAAUACACAAUUUUCCACUUAGAGUCAAAUUUCUACCAAUCCGGUAGGAAAUUAUUACCAAAACAAUACCAAGAAUAUGUAUAUGUAUGGGACUCUACCAGAUCUUUAAUAGUAUAUGUACAUAGAAUUGGUACUGAGACGGAACUGGUAAUAAAAUGUCACCCUCGUAUUUCAUCAUUCUUUUUGCGGGAUGCAUAUUGCACGCCUCGUCAAAUGAGAAUAAGCCUAUCACAACUUUCUUCUACUACCAUCGUGACUUCCCAAACGUCCCACUGACUUUGGAGCAGGUUCAGAAACGUCACGUGAAACCUGUCAAUGUUCUACUGUACUCGCAUGGAUUUAGCAGUGAAAGUUUGGAAAUUGCUGGGUCAAUUAAAAUUAAGAAUGAUGUCUUAAAAUAUCGGCUGGACAUUGAAGUUGUAAUCCUCGCAAACUGGUGUCAAGCAAGUUCUCAACCUGCCUAUAAAUAUCCUGAAGUUGUAGAAAGAACUGUCCCCCUAGUGGCACGCGAUAUCGUGCACGAACUCCACCAAUUAAAGCAAACCGUAGGAAUUCUGCUAGAAAAUGUGGAACUAGUCGGGCAUUGUUUAGGCGCUCACGUCCUCGGAAAAGCCGCCCGCCACAUGAAACACCUCGGUUAUGGGAUCAUCCGGCAAAUAGUCGGACUGGACCCGGCCGGUCCAAACUUUAGAGAAUUAUCGCAUUACGACGGCCUUAUGAAAGGGGACGCCAAACUGGUCUACGUCAUCCACACCGACGAUUUUCUCGGGAUCUUCAGAGACAUCGGGGACAUCGACAUUUAUCCGUACAAGUUCGACGAAUUUAGGAGAUGCGAACGAUCCGCCAUGGUCUCUAAGUGUUUGCACAGUUUGGCCAAAGAUUUAUUCAGCAUGAUGCUCCUAGGUGUCGUAAUUGUGGACAAAGAGGAUCCAAAGAGGGGAAAAGAACGUGUCGUAAAUCCAGUAUAUCGAUACCCCACGCAAGUCACGAUUCUUGUUUUGGAUGUUUCUCCAAGUAUGAAGGAACACGGCAGGAUGGACAGCAUGAUUUACGCGGCGAAUCAAUUAGUUACCCAACUUCCUAUCAAUAGUACCGUGGCUGUUAUUAUUUUUGGAGGACAUGCCGAAAUCAGUAAAGGUUUAACAAUGAUAAGGGAUGAGUCCGUACGAGCCGCGGUUCUAGCAGCCUUACCAAAACGAAAUACUGAUAUAGGAUGGACAUCCAUCGGCGCAGGGUUACGAGCGGCAAUUAGUCUCCCCUUCGUGGCAGAAUCAUGCCCAGACAUUCAUCUUAUCACGGACGGGGAAGAGAACAAAGCACCCUGGAGACGCGAAGUGCAAAUCCCGCCAUGUACCAGAGUAAAUCCUAUCGGCCUCGGCGGUCAGGCUGACCCCGGACUGGAACAACUUGCCCGGGAGACGAACGGUCGAAUGACGUCGGUCAGUGAUGUCAACAGUUUGACCAGGUUGGGUGACGCAUUAACGGAUGCGACAUAUAUCGAUGCCGAUCCGAGUGUCAGACCGAUGAGGGUUUUCGGGGAUGAAAUUGCCGUUUCAGAACUUGAGAAAAUCCAGUUCCUGAUUGACCAAGACAUCGGAAAAAAUUUGCGUCUGGUUGUAAACAGUCCAAAUAUUGACAACCUAAAACUAUCCCCGAUUUUAAUCUCACCGGAGGGGACGCUUUAUGACAGUAAAGAUUUCACCAAGAACUUUCAAUCUUUCAUAUUCCAACAAGAAACAGUUCCCAGCGGGAAGUGGGCGUUUGGAUUUGCUCCACCACAAAAUGGCCGAAGAAAAAGAGCUGCCAAUCCUGCUAAGGGAUCUCUGACUGUAACUUCGCUACAGCGAGAGAAUGCCCACGCAAUCAUUUUGGACGGAAUGUUAAGCAACAGUUCGAUAAAUUAUGGGGAUGAUUUAUCCGCCAAAAGACCAAUCACGAUUAACGCGAGGAUUCGGAAAGGUCGAGAUUUUGUUCUGGGUGUGGGAGUUGAAGCGAUAGUGACAGCACCGGAUGGAAAGAUUUUGACCACUUUAGAUUUACUGGAUAAUGGCCUUGGUGCCGAUGAAGAUGUAAAUGACGGAGUUUACGCUCGUUUCUUAUCGAUCCCCUUGACGCCUGGGUUAAGGUAUGAGGUCACCGUCAAGGCGGCGUGUAACGAAUCGUGUCAACUAAGAGGGAAGGAAAGCUAUUCAUUUGUCCCCAUGAGUACGAAGGAAGUGGAAAGAUUGCCGGAGCUGUAUUCAUUUCGGAGACAAAUUAACGCUGGAUCAAUUAAGGCGGAAGGCAAUUUUCGGACCCCGUUACCAAGUCGUAUCCAAAAUUUGGAAGUUGUUACGGUGGAUUAUGCGAAAAGAUUGGUCCAUCUCGAGUGGAAUGCGGGCGGAGGUGUGGCAGAUACUGGAACUGCUAGCAACCUGGAGUUAAGGGCGACAUGGAAUUAUUCCAGGAUUGUUAGCCUGAAGGGACAAAGUGACGAUGACGACGGUACGGACGGUGAUGUAUUUACGUUUACGGCAGACACUUCCGCCAUCCUGGAUGGAGGACUCACUCCAAUACAAGUUGGAGAAAGGCAGAUGGUCACCCUGGAAGUUCCGGAAGACCUCUGGGAGAAGUCCGGCAGCGGUCAAGAUAUUUAUUUCAUAAUGAGGGCAGCAAAUGAACACUUGGAGUGGGGAGAAGACUCCAAUAUUGCAUCUAUUCCGACAAAGCAGCUCGAAGAUGCUCAUGGCUUGGUUUGGCCUUAUGUAGCGGCUGGGAUUGGUCUUCUCAUUGUCAUUGUAGUAGGGAUUGCAGGUUGUUAUUGGAAAGUUAUUAGACCAAGAUACCAGCCGGUUCCGGUGGUUGGUUACCAGCUUUAACGGUGUCUUAAUUCUGUAAUCCCGAUAAAUGAAUAAAAUAAUAUAUUAUACGUCCAAAA